CAAAAAAGGAAAUCUAAAAAUUAACUCCCAGCCCAACCUACAGCCCGACCGAGUAGCCCACCCCUUACCCAAAUACGCAUAACGAAAGAAGCUGAAGUGCUCAAGGGGCUAGGGCGAACCCUUCUUCAGCCGUCCACAUCGCCGUCCAGCCUUCGGGGCCCUGCAUCAGCGGUGGCCGGCUGUUCUGCCGUUUUGCCGCUCUGUGCUCCCCAACGCGAACUCAGGGCCCUCCAGCGCGAACCCUCCUGCGGUCCUGCACAGGCUGCAUUCCUGUCGUCAUGCGCCUCCAACUCUCUGCUCUCCUUCAGCAAGGAAAACGUGGAAGGCAGUAGGGCCAAAAGCUUCUUGCUGGUCAAGCGCAAUAGGGAUACACACUCGGGACUGUUGUGAGACGAUGUUGCAGCCUGCCAAAAGGCUAUGAUUCGACAUAGGAUGUUGGACUGGUUUGAGUAUGAUAAUGACAAGCUUUUUGAUGAAGUAUUGAUUCGAGAUGCUCGAGAGUGUUACAAUGAUUGGAAAAGUGAUUUAUCUGUGUAUUUCAAGAACAAUGGAGGAGUGCAAGCUAAGAGACCUAUAAACGUACGAAGUGAUGAUCAUUGGCAAAGGUGUUGUGAGAGAUUCAAUUCUACGAAGUUCAAGGAAAUUUCGUUGAAAAACCUGCAAAAUAGAGAAGCAAGUGAUGAUAAAAGUGGGCAUGAGAGAAAAUAAUAUGCCCAAUACAUGCACGAAAAAGAUGAUCCAUAAAUUGGUGAGCAGUACAUGGCUCUUGAAAAUUGAAAAGAUCAACGUUUGACUCGUAGUGGCGAAUGGAGAACUAAAGAAGCACAUGAAAAAUAUGUAAGUAUAUUUAAAAAAAAAUUAAGUGUAAUCAUAAUGAUAUGUAACUGUAUGAAUUGUAAUUUGAUAGAUUCAAAUGAGCGAGGAGUACCAGACACAGCUAGGACAAACAAGGUCAUCGUCUUUAAUAAAUGAAAUUGAUAUUAUGAAUCGGAACUUGAAAAGACACCGCGGACGCCAAAGCGGAGUGGGUCCUACCCUAUCAAAGGGUGCAUCUCGAAGAAUGGAAGAUGGCGCUACUUCAACGUUCCAAGACCACCGUGAUGUUCAAAUAAGUGAAUUGAAAGCAAAUCAAGAGUCGAUGCAAGAAAAUCAGGAGCUCAUGCUCCGUGCCCUACAACAAUUUAUUCCUCGCUUUCAACUUCGUCCACGCAGCUCCGCAAAUGAUGUUCAUUCAACAAGUGCUAACCAAACUGAUCAGAGUCUCAAUGAAGACGAUCAAGAUUGAUAAUAUCGAGUUGAAUAUGCAUUUUACUUGGUUAAGAUGAAUAUGGAUUAAUUUAUGUUUACAUUUUGUGAUGUUGUUUGUAAUGAAUUAAUGAAACUUCGUUGUAGGAUAACUUGCUUUUACUGUGACAUUUAAUGAAUUUAUGUGUUGUUGAUAUUAUUGGCGUUUGAACAGG